CUUCUGUUCAGUUCAUCGCGGGAGUUUGAAAAUGGCGACAUCAACAAGCAAUGUUAUAACACUUAAAGGAUCUACAGAUAUAGUUGCAGAAUUUUUUAGUAAGACCAAUUUGUUCAGAAAACAUAUUUAAGAUUCUGGUCCUCUUGCAAUGAAAAUCUAUCGUUUUGACUCAGACAGCGAUUCACUCAGUACUAGUGCAAUGUGAGUGAUAGUGGGCAUCCACUCAGUCCACUGUCACUUGUCACAACUGAGUGAGAGUGACUAUUGACCUGUCAGUCAGUCAGUGACAAUCAUUCAUUGAAUUGAUUUUAUUGAUUGAUCAUGUUAUUUUAUUUAUAUGAUAUACUUGCCGUUGCCGGAUCUAUUGUACACGUUUUGAAUUUAUUUAGGUACAAAAUUAUAAAAAUAUUAGCCUAGAGGAGCGAAUUCCAAAUUUUAGUUAGAAAAUGAAACCAGAAUCAACUUUCAGUAAAUUAUUAGUAGAUAGUUUGGUAAAAAAUUUAAACAUUUUGUAAAAAUAAACCAAUGGCAUAGUUGAAUAGAGCUAAUUUUUUUUUACAGAAUUAUAACACCAAAAUCAUAUUUUUAGCUGUAGUAGUUUUAAAGUUAUGAAUUUUAUUUUUAAAGUACGACUUGGUUUGUCUAUUUUUAACAUGGACUGCAUCUCCACAUUCUGUGACCUCAUUCCGCUGAUCGGGUCAUGCGCAAUGACUGUAUAAUUUAUAUAAGGCAACGCAUUCCCUUAUCACUAAAAUACUGUUUAGGGUCAACUUAUUUUUAACUUUGGCACAUGAAUAAUUAAUUAAAGCUUUCCCUGACCAAUGGUUUAAUAGUUUUUGCACACAGCAAACUCUUAUGAAUGAAACUCUGAGAUAGUACUACGAUAUAGCCAUUAUGCAAGUGGCUGUGAAUGUUUGCCAAUGACGUGUUGCACAGGGAAAAUUCUGAUCAUUUAUAAUAUGGACUCUACAGGGUUUUUAAAGCUCAAAUUAAAACAUUCCAGUUUAAAUGUCUUCAAAAUGCAUUCUGAAACACAAAAUAUAAAAUAUAUAGUGGUAAUAAUUAAAUAUUUCCUAAAUAUUGGCAACUUCCACCAUUAAAAAGGGGGCGUGGCCCACGCCAUGUCGAAAUUAGGCUGAGCCACCUUAUGGUGAUAUGGAUCACUGGGAGAAGCGUAACGAACGUGGGACACGACCUACAUCAAUGAAACUUGGCACAGAUAUAGAUCAAUAUCUAAUGGUUAUACAGAUUUAAUCAAAAAGGGCCUUAUCCUAUUAUUUCACAAAAAAUUUUGUAUGCGAAGAUGCCUUAUAUGUACCAAAGAUUUUCAAAAUAAAGGUCGAUUUAAAAAAGCAAAAUAGCUGGCUAGAAAUGUAGGCCAAGAUGUCUUUCAAAUUAUAAGGCCGGAAACGGAACUCAAAUAUAUGUCGAAAGAACUAAUUUAAUACUAAAUAGACACACACAUCGGAAAAUUAAAAACUCUGAUUUUUCGGCGCCGACGCCCAUUUCCGAUACACAAAAAGUAGUAGUCUCCCUUGUUUGAUCGAAGUAUCUAUUAUUAGAGAUCGUCCCGCGAUGGCAUCUUGGUUGACACAAACAGUAAUUCUUUUACUAAGCGUAAACUAAAUGUAUCCCUAAACCUAACUUGAAACCCUUAUUCACUGCAACUAUAAUAAACACCCAAUGACGUCACGGGAUGAUCUCUAAGAAUUGGCCCAACUUUCUAGUAUUUAGAUUUAGACUUUACUUAAGUACUUUUUAAGCUAUGAUACUAUGAAUAGAUACUUUGGUAAGACAAGGGAGUCUACUUUCAAAUUUAUCUGGAGGAAUCGGUGCUGAAGAAUCUGAGUUUUUAAUUAUUGGAGGUCAGUGCUUUUUCAUUGAUGGUUUGAUUUAGUCAUAAAAUUGUGGUAUUCAUCCAUGGACCAUUCAGUCAGUAGUGGAUAUCUUGACCUACAUUUCCAUCAUUAGGUCAUUAGGGACUUUGAUAGAAAAUUAAUUUUUUUAGUAAAAAUAAACAAAAGAAUGUUAUAGUUGAAUUUGAGCUAAUUUUUUUCCAGAAUAUAACACCAAAAUGUCCAAAAUCAUAUUUUUAGCUGUUGUAGUUUUAAAGUUAUGAAUUUUUAUUAAGUAUAAUAAAGUAUGACUUCGUUUGUCCUUUUUAAACAUGGACCACAUCUCCACAUUCUGUGGCUCAAUUCUGCUGUUCACGUCACAAGCUUUAUAACUCGUUUUAAUAAUUUUAUAUGAUUAUUUUCAGAACUAAUGCUGUAUUAAAAAAUAACUUUAAUAAUGUUAUACAAUUAUAGUAUAGAUAGAUUGUAGCUUAAUCUAACAAUGCACUAUGUAUAUCAGUAAAUUUUAUAUAAUGUUUUGAUAUAUGGCUUUUCUGUUUACCAAAUCUACGGCGUCCAUUAUACUAGUAUGCAAUAUAAUCUAUAUAAGAUAAGGCAACGCAUCCCCUUAUUACUGUUUGGGAGCUACUUAUUUUGAACUUUCAACUUUAGCACAUGACUAAUUAAUUAAAGCUUUCCCUGACUUGGUCAAAUAGCUUUUGCACACACUGCAAACUUUUAUGAAUGAAAACUCUGAGAUAGUACUGUAUAGCCAUUAUGCAAGUGACUGAAUGGCUGUCCAUGGUCAUGACAUUUUUCACACAUCAAAUUAUGAUCAUUUAUAAUAUGGACUCUACCAGGGUUUUUUUAACCUCAAAUUAAAAUAUUAGAUCUAUUCUUUCAAUAACAUUUAAGUUCGUUCUGAAACAUAAGUUAUCAAAUAUUUUGAUGUACAGGGUUCGCACGGUCUUUGAAGGUUUGGGAAAAAUAUUUUAAAAAUUUCAGAGCCCGGAAAUUUUGGGAAAAUUGGCAAAAAACAUCACGGUCUUUGAAGUUUGGGAAAAAUGAUUUUUAAGAAUUCAAAAGGAAAAACAUGUUUCCAAUUUUACUGACAUGCACAGUGCGCAUUUCUGAAUGAUCCGUAACCCUGCAAGAAAAAUAUAAGUUCAUUGGUCGGUAGAUUUGUUUAAGCCAAUCAAAUUACUCUUAACGAGUAAGCUAUCAGUACCAUUACUAUCAGUCUGGGAAAUUGGGAAAUAGUCGAGAAUUUAUUGAAUAAUUUUUCCGGUCGUGAAAACCAGGAAGAUGGGCCUUUUAGUAAGGAAAUUUUCCGGAUAGUCUGUAAUUUUUUUAAUUUGUAAAAAAUAAUAAUAAAUUUGGCUUUUGAUUCCAAUACAAUUGACGUAAAUCUCCAAUCUCGUCUAUUUUUAGCCUUUCUGUUAUCAAAAGAGCUUUGCGAAAUGCCAGUGGUUUCCCUUUAAUUUAACUGCGCAUGCGUUUUUAUCUCUACAAGUUUUAUACCGUACAACUUCGAUACACCAGAAAUAUUUAAUUUGUGCUCACAUCGCCGAUCAAGAGAUGUUUGUCUGUUUGGGUAAGUAAAGUGUAAAAUAUAGCAAAAAAUUAUUUGAACCUAGUUUUCAAUUGUGAGGUAACCAUUAUAAAUAGAAAACUACUCACCCAAGCGCUGUCUACAAUGACUAAGCUUAGCGUACUUUAUGUCGUAGUCUUCAAAAGUUGAUUUUAAACUGUUUUACCAUAGGUGGGCGAUAUGUAUUUUCUUUUAUUAUCUCAAGGCAGCCUUUAACCUUUUUUUUAAAAAAAAAUGACUUUACUUUCACUUUACACUUAAUUAUGGAUUAGGCGUUCUAAUUUUAAAUAGGCUAAUAUGAUCAAGUUAUUUUGUAUUGAUAUUUUUGCGUAGAUUAGUUAGCUAGUUUACGGCUGACUUCGGAAAUUCAUUUAAAAGUUCAUAAAAUAAAACUAAAACAGUUUGAUUUGAUACAUCGAUUCAGUGAGCCUAACAUAACUGUAGCCUAUAUAGUUACUUAGUCCUUAUUUAUAUUAUGCACUCCCAUGCUCUGGGUAUAUUUCACGGUAUUAUACAAUAUUAUUAUUCGUCAGCACAUUUUUAUUUUAUUUAUUUAUUGGGGGGUGGGGGUGGUCAAUGAUGCAUUCCCCUGCGGAAAAUCCUGACUGCCGUUUCAUAUGCAUAUCUUAGUAGUAUCUCUUCUGACUCUAUAUUACUGUAGUUUAGUACUGGUAUAAUAUAGUCUAUAUAAUGUAUGCCUUAUUGAUUAUUGUUAAUUAUAAACAUAAUAUUCAUAUGUUAAUAUAUAUAUAUUUUUUUUUUCACAUUUUAUUUUUGUUUCACCAUUCAGGAUCAAGGCUCAAUAAAAUAAUGCCCAACACAGAGUUGAACAAAUCAUUACUGCUUCACUAUGCUGGAAAUAUUGAUAUCAAGUAUUCAAGGCAAAAAUAUUAAAAAAUGUCAAUCAUCUGAUGAGACUUCAUCUUUAUCACCUAUCUUAGGUGUCCAGUUCUGCAACUUCUCAGUCACGCUCCCAAUGUAUGUGUCAAUAUAUGAAACCCUUAUUGGAGACAUUUUAUUGACAAGCAAAUGGCUAUUUAUUUUCGCAUCUGGGAUGUAAAUAAAGUCAGUUCAUUUCUCCAUUCCUCUCAUUUUCUUAGACAUGCCACUGCUGAAAGCAUGUUAGAAAAAAUCCGUCCGAUUAUCACAGACCUUGGACAAAGGGAAUUUUUACAAUUGACUAUGGAUGGCCCUGCAGUGAACUGGACAUUUUUCAAAGCCUCUGGAUACUACUGGACAGUCAGGACAUUUUAAAUAUUUUGUCUAGGAUAUUUACUCAUUGAUCUGUAGCUGAUGAUUCAUCAUAACGAUGUUUUAACUAUUAAUUAAAAAAAAAAAAAAAAUUACAUUUGAACAUUAGGCUGAUUCAAGUGUAUAUACCACUUGAUUCUACUUACAUUGUGUUUAUAUUCUGAAAUUAAAGGAUUUCUUUACGUGGAUAAGCUGAAUAAUAUGUAUAUAUUGUAUAUAUUUAAGUGUUAUAAAGAAUUUUGAAUCUGUGCUAAUAUUAUGUGAGUUUGGUUGUUGUUUUUCUCUUUAGUGGUACCAGUACCGUAUAUGAUAAUAAAUAGUUCUUUGAAUUUUAAAAUAAUGGUCUUUGAAGGUUUGGGAAACGUUAGUGAAUUCUGGACCUUGAAUUCUGCGUGGUAAUAAUUAAAUAUUUCCUAAGUAUCGGUAUCUCCGCCAUUAAAAAGGGGGCAUGGCCACGCCAUGUCGAAAUUAGGCUGAGCGACCUUACAUUAAUGCAGGUUACAGGGACAAGCGUAACGAACGUCGGACAUGACCUACAUCAAUGAGAAUUGGCACUCAUAUAAAUCAAUAUACAAUGCUUUUCACUUUUUAAUAUAAAAGACCUUUUCUUUGAAUUUCAAGAUGCGAAGAUACCUUAUAUAUACCAUAGAUUUUCAAAAUAAAGGUGGAAUGAAAAAAAGAAAUAGCUUGAUGGAAAUGUUGGACAGUAUGUCUUCCAAAGGGACAAGGCGGUAGCGGAACUGAAUUAGAUGUCAAAAGUACUCAUUUAUUAAUGAAUUGACACUCGCAUUAAAAAAAUUUUUAAAGUUGAAUUUCAUGGAUAUAUAUGACAUCUUUCUCUAUAAAAUUUUGUAUGAAUUUCAAAUUUUAUAUCUUUAAUAUUAAUUCUUUGUAAAAUAUAUUUAUCUAACUUAAAGUGGUCUUAUAUAGCGCAGUACCUCAGCCUAGGGCUAGACUCACCGUGCUUCACACAAAAAUUAGCAAAAAGAAAAAAAGAAACAUGACUUUGCCAUUAAAAAACAGUUACAUAAAAUUAUUAUUGACCCCUGUCUGGGCAUGGACGGCACCCAGCAGCAUUGAGCAUUGUUUAUCGGCCAGAGUGGGGUGAGAAUGAGUCGGAAUAGUAGAGUUUGAAGAGAUGUGUCUUGUGCACUUUUGAAGGCUUGGAUGGUCGGUAUAUUACGGAUGUUUAAUGGGAGAUAGUACCAUUGUUUGGCGCAGAAAGAGAAAGAUAGUUCAACAUAUGUUUUAGUGUGUGUAUUGGGAACAGAAAGAAUACGCAUGUCUGUGGAGGAACAAAGCUGUCCAAUGGACAAUGGAUGAAUAGACAGAAAGAAGUCAAGUAAGAUAGGAAGGGCAGGAACCAGAGAAAAAGUUGUGUCAGAGAACAGACAGCUUGUAAUCAAUGAAGUGAGUUAAAUGGUUGAGUGAAUGGCGUGAUCACGUUUCUUUGCCUUUAGAACUAACCUAGCAGUAGAGUUUUGAACUUUUUGCAGUUUUUCUAUGAAGUAUUUUGGUGAACCUCACAGAUGAGAGGUGCAAUAGUCAGACAAAAGAGUACAGACUAGGGUUUUUGUUGCGCUUACUGUGAAGUAGUGGAGAUUGGAGCUGAUCUGACGGAUUUUGGUGUUCACAGAGCAACAAAUGUGAGAAACAUGAAUAUUGAGAGACAUAAUGUCAGAAAGAAUGUAACCAAGAUUCCCAGCAGAGGAUGUCAGAGCUACCUACUUGAAACGAGGUGGUGAAAGCUGAGUUUUAGAGAAUGAUUCGUGAUUUUGAAUGAGAAGUGCUCCUGUUUUCUCAUUGUUCAGCUUCAAUUUGCUGGUGACAGUUCGUGGGUUAAUAUUAUAUUAAAUUUACUGAUACUGAUAUACAUAGUGCUUUGUUAGAUAAGUUACAAUUUAUAAUUACAAAUUGGCUGUGUACACCGCAGAGGUGUACAUAGUUAAAAAAUGGACCUAGGCCAACAACCGUUAACUGACAUUUAUGGCAACAGACCUGGAAGGCUUGGUUCAGUCUCUUAUGUCAAGGUUUAUCAAACCAGAGUUAAUAUAUACCCAGUAUUAAACUUUUUUUAGAGAAAAAUAAUGACAUGGACACCAUCAAUAUACAUGUUGGAUUUUCUGCUUUCAAGCUUUUGCUAAACAAAGACCUUUCAGACAAAAAUUCAGUUUUAGAUCAGAGUGCAAGAAAGAUCAUUAAAAGAUCAUGGAAAAAUCUCCUACCAUUUACCUUUAGUGAGAAAUAUCUCCUAGCUGGACCCAAGGCUCAUGAUGUCUGAAAAAGACAAGCUGAACGGAAAAGCUUAAUUGACCAGAGUCCUCAGAGAGAUCUGUGAAGCAAAAUGAGUUGAAGAGCAGAAGUGCCACCCCCAUAUUGGCUCAGAAUGAAAAAUAAGUUGAGUCCAUCAUCAUAGCCAAUUCAAUGGAACUUGCACUCCUUCUGAAAGCAGGGUUAAUGAAUUUGUCAGCUUUCCACAAUGAGUUUUCUGAGCUGUGGUUUAUUGUAGAAAGAUGGUUCUCUGUGAAUAAAGAGGUCAUUGUCAAAAAUAUAAGCAUUGAGAGCCUUUGUGCUCAAUGACUGACAUGGCUGAUAUUUGAUCAAGUCAGAACUGCUGGGGGACCUCAUAGAGUUCCCAUAAGAAAAGAGUUGUUGAAUUUUGCCUCCAAAAUCUUAAGAGGGGGACUACAGUAGGAAAAAAAAGUGAAAAAUAUAUUUUGUCUAGGAUAUUUCCUUAUUAAUCUGUGCCUGAUCAUUCAUCAUGAUUACUAUGUUUUAUAGAUUAAUUCAAAGAAAUUACUUUAGAUCACUAAGCUUUAUCAAUUGUAUAUUACAUUGUACAUAUUUUUGUGUUAUGUUUCCUAUAACUAAAGGACAUCUCUGCAAGGAUAAACUGAAUAUUUUUAUAUAUAUUGUAUAUACUUCGAUGUGAUAAAGAAUUUUAUAUCUAUGUAUAACUAGCUGAGUUAUGUUGCUUUUUUCUCUUUAGAAAAUAAUAAUAAAUUGGUCUUUGAAUUUUUCAUUAAAAAAUGGUUGAUAAAGGUUUGUGAAUUCUGGGCCUUGAAGUCUGUAUGAACAGUGUAUGUAAGCUUACUACUUGUUUAAGUCACUAGUCAGUCGGUGAGUUUUAUCCAUUUCGCAAGACACAUUAUUAUUAUUGUCCCACACAGUACCAGCCACAGGUUAAGGCAAGUGAAGAAAAUGGGAAUAUUAAAGGUUCCCAAGGGUAUAGUUUGAAGGUUUCAUAUGCUUUUUUAGGGCCACAAUUAUUUUUUAAUCUUUUAUAUUAACUUCGCUUUUGUUCUUGUGUUUAUGGCUAGCUAAAUCUUCAGAUGACUAAUUGACCUAUUGGGUUGUAAAAGCGGGUGAAACUUUAGAAUAUUAAUAAUUAAUAUGAAAUAAAAUGAUAAAAAUACUAUAUAAAUGAUAAAUGCAAAAAAACUUUUUUUGUGUUUUUUUUAAAUUUAUGAGCAUGAAUCAAAUAUCUAAUUGGCAAUUUAUUUAUGCCAUUACCUAUGUUAAAUUUCCUCUCGCUGCAACAAACUACUCACCACUAUUUAAUGCUAUGCCUGUCUCCUGUUUUCUUUGCCCUGGUUCCAAUUAGCUUGCCCUAUCUGAAUCUACUCCUCCUACUGAUGCGUAGGACAUUACAGUUACAGCAAUCAGCAAUGAUUACCAAAAUUCUUUUGGCCACUUAUCUCUGUUCUCGAAUAUUGUCACAGCUCAUUCUGCUUCUCUCCAUCUUUAGAGAUACCUUCUCCUUGUGUUCAAUGCUCUUCUCUCUAUUAUCUGUCAAAACAUGAGGAUUUCAUGCAAGAAAUCGCCUGGUACUUGAAGUAAAAUUGGAUUUUGUUUCUUUCUUCAGUGGGUGGCCAUUCCUUCUCUGUAUCUCCUGCUCUAGGGAUAUGAGAUGAUUUCAUGAUCAUUUCCAUAUGAACUGGGUAAUAGUGAUAAAAAAAUCUGCCAUGUUUUUGUUUUGAGUUUGAUUGUUCUAUAUAAUAGCUCUGAUGUGUUUUUAAAAAAAAAUCAUUUGAAAUACAAUUUUUGGUUCAAAUUAUAAAUAUUUGGUUCUACUUGCGCAAUUUGUUUGUGUUUUUUUUUUUUUUGAAGCUUAGAUUUUUAAAGAAUCUUUAUCAUAAUUUAAGAUCAUGGAUUUUGGGAAUAGACAAGAACAAGAUAGGAAAAAGUUAAAAGAAGCUGUUAAAUUUCAAAGCUUUAAGCUUACCAUAAAAAAAUUUACGUUUGCUUAAUAUUUACCUUAGAGAAAAAUACUGAAAAAGUAUUCACUUCUAAGUUGUAAAUAAGUUAUUGUUAAGGUGCUGGUAGUGAUAAUCUUGGUAAUUUAAUAUUGUUAACCUCCUCCCUACACACACAGCUACUAUUUUAACAAGUAAUGAUGUUUCUCAAAUCCCAAUAUCUAGUCAACUAUACUAACAAUGUGUGGCAUGAUCAUGUUGAAUGCAAUAUUUGUCACACUGAACUCAUUAUUUUGUAUAGUACGCUUAAGAGGAAUGCAUCACUAUAAAGUAGGCAAUUGGAUAGUAACAUCUUAUGAUAAAUUAUAACAUUAAGUUUUACGCAUGAAUAUAAAUCAUGACAGACCUUGCUAAGAAAAAAGUCUUAAUAUAUUAAAAAAAUAUAUCUACAGCCCUAAUAAGAUCUUCUUGUAAAAGUGGGUGAGCUAUAACUAUAACAAUGUUUAACAAAUAGGGGCCAGUUGGUUAAAAAAUAUAUGUAUAUUGUUUAAAAAAAUAUUUUUUUAUUUUCAUGUUCUUCUAAUUUUAUUUUAGAAAAAAAAACAUAAGUUAGAGAGAAAUUUGUAUUAGCUUACGGGUAUUGGUUGAUUAAAAAAAAAAUUGAUUUUUUGUCUUUGCAGACUAUGGUUUAAAUAGUAUCCUGUAUCAACGAGGACUUUAUCCACCAGAGACCUUUACUCACACCCAGCAGUGGGGGGUGACCAUGCUUGUGACUUGUGAUAAGGAGCUGCAGGCCUUCUUAGAUAAAAUCAUUACACAACUGAAAAGUAGGUUUUAUUGUUUGUAAUUUUGGUUAAGUCUUGUCAAAUGUAGGAUGCCCAAAAUUAUAGAUACUGGUAAUCAUAAUUAUGAGCUUAGAUUAAAAACAGAUAGAAAAAUAUUUAUAAAACUUAGUUUUUUUUAGACUUUCAAUACCAAGAUAUGUCUGACAGAUCUGUUUACUCUUAUGAAUUUGGUGUACAAUGUACGAUUUUGAGAUGUCGUUACGACUGUACGCCAAAACUCGUCAGAACUAUGAUUUUAAGAGACCGGGUUAAAAAAUAUUCAGGAAUUUUUCUGAUAACAAAAUUUUUUAAUUAAAAUUUUUAAAUUAAAUUUUGAAGUUUUAGCCCUUUCUAUAAACACCUGAAAGUGAAUGGACGGAGAAGAAUGAUUGGUUCUAAUUUUUUAAAUGUUGAGACCAUCCUUAAUUAAAUUACAUUUGCACUGAGAGGGGAGGUGGAGGUUGUUGAUUGAGGAGAUUUGGCAUACAGGGCACAUGGGUAGGGGACAGGGUUAAUUGUCAAAGGCUAUAGAAAUAUAACCGCAACUUUUCGGUGUAAUGAUGCUGAUGGUUAUUUGUCAUUGUUCAUUGUGUGUCACAAUGGACUAGUUUGAUGCGGCAGCAGUAACAUUUAGCCUAGACACCCUUGCGACAAGUUUAUUUUACUAUAGUCUUUUGUCUGCUACCAUGCGUGUGCUGUAGUUUUGUGACAUAAUUAAGCCUAUUGGGUUAGUCUCAUCCGCUGCAGUUGUGAAAACUGAGAAAAAUAUGGAUGGUUAUUUUUUGUUGUUUUUUUAUAAAAUGCAUUUUAAACUGUUCUGCAUAGGAACGUUGGAUUUCAAAAUGUUUUAGAAUAUCUAGUUAGCAGCAUUUUAAAUCUGUUUUUAGAACUUACAAAGCAGCCUCUAUCCCCUUACUGUGCAAUUUUAUUACAACCAAAGUUUUGGUAGGGCCAUACUACUCCCCCAAACACCCUUUAUAGCUUUGGAGACUACAGUGUGUUGCUACUAGACUAAUUAUAAACACAAAGCAUUGUGAAACAUUUUGAUCUUUUUAAAGUCUUAAUAGGCCUAAUGAGAAAUCAUAGAUUUAUCAGAUUUUUAGGUGACAAUUGGCUCUGUUAGCGACAGUCUGGAUAAUUAUUGCAGAACUUAUGUAUAAAUCUAGGUACAUUCUGGUAGAAAACACCCACACUGGCAAAUGCAUGUGUGCAUAUAUGAUAUAUGGGUGACUCCUUAUGUUGACAGGGUGCGGGAUGAGGUGGGAAAAUUUUAUUAAAACUUUUUUACUGUUAUAUAUAGAUGUCCGAUUGUCAUAUCAGAUAUGGCAUUUGAUGUUGGCUCCAUUGUCGUAUGUGCACAUCGCAUGAAUGAUAAUCAAAUGAUACCAUCGGCAUGGAAGCAGUGCUCCUUUUUCAUGACUACUUAUAUUUUAAAAAAAUUCAUUCUUAACUGCUCCGCGCAGCAGUGUUAGAUUUUGAGUUAUUUUAUAACAUAUAGUGAGGGGCAUUUGAAAUUUAAUUUUUAGAAGUCUCUAAGCAGCUGUAAAAUUUUAAUACCCCAGUUUUGUUCCAUCACUUCUCUCCCAUUACAGCUUGAGGUAGUUUUAGACCACGAUAUGUUAUCAGAAAAUAAAAUCAGGCUCCUAGGCUUAAUGCAUGGGUGGGUGGCCCGACAUGUUCUGACCCGCCUGAUGUACCACAAAUGUACAUAUUUCUUCAUUCAACUAGCGAUUAUUUUAAUUCUUGGUAGAAAUGCAAAUUUUUAAUAUUCAUAUACACUAUACACACACCAUUUCGGUGAGACCCCCCCCCCUCCCAUUUUAGACUGAUUUUAAAAAAAUAGAUUGCAAAAUAAAUCAUAAAACAAUUUUACUAUUUAUUAACUACCCGGUAUUAAAAUAAAAAGGGUUUACGUAAGCAAAGCUAGGGUAAGGGGAGCCUAAUUUUUCACAAGGAUUACGAAUAAAUCUAGAAUGAUGCAAACCUAUAUUCAGAUCUACGCAAAAAUGCAUCAAUGCGAUUUGAAUUUAUAAAAAAGAUUCUUCCCAAACCCCACCCCCAAAUUUGUUCCGCCGACUUGGGUGGUCGUCCUCAUUUUCUGCUCCUCCACCAACAUCUUCAUCUAUCAAAGUGGCAAAUGAUGAGCACAUUUUUAUUUGCUAAAAUGCACUGUAUAUAUGUCGGUCAUCUACUUUGAGAAGUGAUCUUUUUUUAGGAAUGCGACACAAAUAGUCAUUGUAUAAAUUAUCAGGUCUUUUUAUUUAUUUACUAUUAAAAUGCGGAAUUGUGCGAUUUUGAGAUGGUAAAGUAUUAAUCUGAGACUAUAUUGUACGUUUUUUUGGAACUUCCAGUGUAACGAGGUCUCUUCUGAGUAUUUUUCAAAAGAACUAGUUACCAUGCUUAGAGCCGGAGGAGAAAUAAUCUUACACAUCAUUAAAUCCCAAUAUCAAUAAUAUCAUAUUUGUUGGAAAAUAUUGAUCCUAACAAAUGUAUGAAGGUGAUAAAUUACACUGUUAUAAUUGUAGUUAAUUCUGCUUCAGAACUUCUGAAAAAAUAAUUUUGUUAACUGUAUCUCUGGAAAUAUCUUAUCCAAAAUAAAAAAACAUUUUGUACAUGUGUUUAAUACUAUUUAUUUUAUAGCAUGGCUUACUGAUUUGUCUGUUGCAAAACUGGUGCUGGUCAUCACGGAUAUUGCCACUAAUGAAGUUGUUGAAAGAUGGCAGUUUGACAUAGAGUGUGACAAAACGGUCACAGCCACAACGUAAUAGUCCUUUUAAUUUCUAAUUAAUGUUCUUUUAAUAAAACUUGAAAAAUAUUUCAGUGUAACGUUUGCUUUUUACUCUAUAGCUGGAAAAUUUUGUUUGCUAAAAAUUAAAUGUUAUGUAAAUAGUUUACCAGUUUCUAUUUGAAUUAAUGAAUUAAUGCAAUUUGUGCAAUGCAAUAUAAUAUAUUUAAUUUUUAGUCUUAGUGAUUAGAUUUGUAGUUUUAUUGUUAGUAAACCUAUUCUGAUUCUGAUUGACUAAGUUGCUGCAACCAUGCAACGGUUUGGGAAAUGAUGCGGCUAUCCUAACGGCUCCUAGCGGGUGACAGGGCAGCCUUGAAACUCUUGAUUGAUGUCAAGUCAACGGCAGCAUUGUCCAGUUGGUUCCAAGCAAUUAUUGUUCGUGGGAAGAAUGAUUGUUUAUAUUGGACUGUGUUACACCGAGGCACAGUGAAGCAUUUACUAUUGUUCCGGAUGUAACUGCUCAUGGAGUUGUCAGAGGUGAAGUCAGUGUUUAUUGAGCGUUUGGCUCCGAUUAAGCGACCUGGCUUCUGUGGGGUGAGAUACGUAUUAGCUGGUAUGGCGGGCACUAGCCCCAUGACCACUUUAUAUGCGAAUGUUAAACAGAGCUUUUCUCGACUGUCUUGGAGGGAAGGGAUGUCACAUCUUUUUAAGAGGUCAGUGACAAAGCCUGGAGUGGUGAAUUUGUGGUCACUUGCCAGGAGCGCUCUGCUGUGCGUUGUAUUCGCUCCAUCUUGUCCAUGUCUUGUUUUAGGUAUGCGUCCCAGAUUCUAGUAGCUGACGAACAAGUGCGCGAUAGGCAUUUGGUUUGCAGGAUGUUGGACAGUGGCGCAGAUUUAUUCGACUGAAACCAAGUGUGGAUUUGCCUUUUUUUUUUUUUUUUUUUUUGAAAUUUUGUUUUUUUGGGGUGACCAUUUUAGAUUUUUAUAGUAGCUGACGAACAAGUGCGCGAUAGGCAUUUGGUUUGCAGGAUGUUGGACAGUGGCGCAGAUUUAUUCGACUGAAACCAAGUGUGGAUUUGCCUUUUUUUUUUUUUUUUUUUUUGAAAUUUUGCUUAUAUGGGGUGACCAUUUUAGAUUAUUCGAGAAGAGAAUUCCAAGGUAUGGAUUAUUUGAUACUUGUUGGAGUAUGGUCUUGUUUAUUUAUAUAGCAUUGUGUAGCAUUUGGUUUCGUUAAAUUUCAUGCCCCAUUUGUCUGCCCAUUUCAUAAGGCACUUAAAUCCGCUUGGAGGUGGUUGUUGUGAUCGUAGCCAUUUAUCUCUCUGUAGACAAGAGAGUCAUCUGCCAACAGCCUCACUUGAGAUUUUACAGUAUCAGGGAGGUCGUUUAUAUGACAGAGAAGGGGGCCAAGCACUGUACCCUGAGGAAUUCCUAAGUCUACAGGGGCUUUGCCUGAUCGGAAGCGUUCCACCACUACUGCAUGGUCCUUUGUAUUAGGAAUGUUGAGAGCCAGGAGUGAAGGUUUCCGGUAAUGCCGUAGUGGUGGAGCUUAUGUAGAAGGCUGUGUGGAACAGUGUCAAAGGCCUUGGAGAAGUUGAGGAUGGCCACAUUGACCUGUUUACCUUUGUCAUAGGAGGUCAUUGGAGGUGAUGAUUGAGUUUCUGUUGGGAAUCCAGAGCAGAAAAUGUGGUUUAGGUUGGUUAAGAUGUUGUAGUGUUCAAGGUGGUUCAUGAUGUGGCUACAGAUUAUGUGUUCUAGAAUUUUGCAUGGUAUGGAGGUCAGGGAUAUUGGGCGGUAGUUUAUUAAUGUCAAUAUUCCGAUGUCUUGUUUUUAUUAUGUUUUUUCUUUUACCAGGAAACGUGACGUCUCUGACAAAGAUAUUAAAGAAGGCAUUCGAUCAGUCAUACGACAAAUCACAGCCUCUGUCACAUUUUUGCCUCUGCUUGAAUCAACAUGUGAGUGUAGAAUGUAGAUAUCACCUAUCUGUUUUUAUAUCAUGCUUGUUGAUAUGAAAUUAAAUAGGAAACAUUCUCAUUUAUAUUUAUAGAGAUUAUAGAGUGAUUUCCCCUUAACCAGUAUACCUUGAGUUAAAUUAAAUCAUUUGCAUUUUUUAAUGAAAAUUUUCCUGAUAGUGUAAUGAUUUUCAUGAUAGUUGUUUAGUAAUACCAUAAGGUUAAAUUAAAUGGUUUAAAGUUCCAUUUUCUGAAUGGGGGGGGCGGGGGUCUCGUUUGGAGCUUUGGCUGCAGAAAAGAUUGUUGCAUCGGGAAACAAUGUCAAGGAUUGUAUAAGCAUAAUGAUUCAUAUUGACAGACAGAAAAAGCUUUGCAAAACAUAAUUAUUUAUGAGAAAUCAAACAUUUAUAUUUUUUUUUUAAGUCAUUGAAAAACCAAGUUGAAAUAAUCCUAGUAGGGGACUUCAUAAGUAGUGUAUUGACAAAUUUCUACCAGGCUUUUAUAAAUUAUAUUAUUUGUUUGUUUUUUUGUUUUUUUUAUGUUUAAUAUAUAUUAAGUAGUGAACUUUAACCUCAUAAAACUAACAACAUAAUUUACUUGUAAGUUUUGUUUUUUAUGGAACUGUUAUUAACAAUGUUAAGACAUUUUUAAAAAUCUAUUGGUUCCCUCCCUUUCUAAUCCUGUUGCAUUCAAAAUAACUAACAUUGAAAAUGUUUUAAUCUUUCAUUUCUUUUUCUACAGGCAGCUUCAAUAUUUUGGUGUACACUGACAAGGAUCUCGAUGUGCCAGAACAAUGGGGCGAGACCGGGCCACAUCUCAUCAUUAACUCGGAAGAAGUCAAACUCAAGUCAUUCUCCACAUCAAUCCACUCUGUUAAAGCAGCAGUCGCAUUUAAGAAGUCAGACUAAGACUUGUAUUGGACAGCUUUCAUUAUUGGACUUGUUCAGAUAUGCAUUUAUACAAAUAUUAUAAUUAUUGGCCUUACAUAAGGAGCAUGAAUUUCAAAUACAAUUUUUUUUGUUUCCGCUACCGGUACGGGAUUUGAUAUUUUUCAUGAAUUAUUUGUAAAUAUUUAUUUUUUUUUGUCAUCAAUAUAGAUCUUUCAUAUCUAAAGUUAAAUGGGGUUGAAUUACUUUUUAUUGUCUUGUGUUGUUGUAUUUCAAUUUCUCUAAUGUUGACUAGUCUUAUGUUUAAAAUUAAAAUUGCUGGAUGCCCACAAAGUAAAGGAAACGUCUUUGAGAAUGUGCAUUUUUUAGCAAGCAGUAACAUUGGGGGAAAAAUAUGUUUUAAAUGGAAGGCACCUAUAUUUAAAUAGGGGAACAAGGUAUGUUGAAGCUUAAAAUGAAAACACAGAACAA